AUGGCACUACAGACGAUCCGGUCCAUUUUCAAAAGAUCCCCUUCUAGCUCAUUCCAGAUUUUAUCUGACCUACAUCUGGAAAUCAAUCAACAAUAUUCCUUUGAAAUUCCCGUUUGCUCCAAAUACCUUAUCCUAGCAGGCGACAUCGGCCGUCUGGAAGAUUACAACAAUUAUCGUGACUUCCUACAAAACCAAACAAUGAAAUUUGAACUCGUUUUCUUGGGCCUUGGAAACCACGAAUUCUACGAGACGACCUUCACCUCCGGCCUCGAAAAAGCAAAACAGCUCGAAAAAGAACCUUGCAUGAAUGGCCGUCUGGUAUUACUCCACCAACGACGAUACGACAUCCCCGACUCCCACAUGACAAUCCUAGGCUGCACACUCUGGUCCCAAAUCCCCCAAGAAUCAGCGGACAUAGUCCGUUCCAAAAUCUCCGAUUUCCAAAAGAUCAAAGAAUGGUCUGUCGAGUAA